CUUGAAUGAUACCUCCGCCUUGACUUGAGUCAAAUUGACGCUGUGUCUUCUUAGUUACUUGAAGUACUCUAGGACACUGGAGCAAUUAACACAAUUUUUGAAGCAUAGCCUGAAUGAUUCAGUCAUUGUCAAGUCAAACUACAAACAGUGAAAGGUUGCUAUCAUUGCCAAAUAGAUUAAAGCUGAGGCAAAUGGUUUCAGGAAAUGUGCUUUGUGCUAACAGCUUUCUAGAAACAUCUUGAUUAUGACUAUCAGGGCUAGAAGAAAAAAUCUGAAGACGUAAAAGCUACACACAAGGAACAUGUCAUUUAGCCUCUUCACUAUUUGAUCCCUACAGAAGAAUGAGAAGUCACACUGUAACAAUGGCGACCACUUCAGUCAGCAGCUGGCCCUGCUCCUCCCAGGGAGUGCACUUCAUUACUAAUCACAGCAGCCAAGUGCCACGCAACUUCUCAGGAGCAUCAAAUUCUACUGCCUGUUUCAUGGACGAAAAAUUACUCUCUAGUGUGUUAACAACAUUCUACUCUGUUAUUUUCAUCGUGGGACUGGUUGGAAACAUAAUUGCCCUCUAUGUAUUUCUGGGUAUCCACCGUAAAAGAAAUUCUAUUCAGAUUUACCUACUUAAUGUAGCCAUUGCAGACCUCUUACUUAUCUUCUGCCUCCCUUUCCGAAUAAUGUAUCACCUUAACCAAAACAAGUGGACACUGGGUGUGGUUCUUUGCAAGGUUGUGGGAACACUAUUUUAUAUGAACAUGUACAUUAGCAUUAUUUUGCUUGGAUUCAUCAGUUUGGAUCGCUACAUAAAAAUUAAUCGGUCUAUACAACAACGGAAGGCAAUAACAACCAAACAGAGUAUUUAUGUUUGCUGCAUAGUAUGGACAGUUGCGCUUGCUGGAUUUUUAACUAUGAUUAUUUUAACCCUUAAGAAAGGAGGUCAUAAUUCCACAAUGUGUUUCCAUUAUAGAGAUAAGCAUAAUGCAAAAGGAGAAGCAAUUUUUAACUACGUUCUUGUGGUAAUGUUCUGGCUAAUUUUCCUACUAAUAAUCCUUUCAUAUAUUAAGAUCGGCAAGAAUCUAUUGAGGAUUUCUAAAAGGAGGUCAAAAUUUCCUAAUUCUGGUAAAUAUGCUACUACAGCCCGAAAUUCCUUUAUUGUACUAAUCAUUUUUACCGUGUGUUUUGUUCCCUAUCAUGCCUUCCGAUUUGUCUACAUUUCCUCACAGCUAAAUGCGUCGUCUUGCUAUUGGAAGGAAAUUGUUCACAAAACCAAUGAGAUCAUGCUGGUUUUCUCAUCUUUCAAUAGCUGCUUAGAUCCAGUCAUGUAUUUCCUGAUGUCCAGUAAUAUCCGCAAAAUAAUGUGCCAGCUUCUUUCUAGACGAUUUCAAGGGGAAGCGAGCAGGAGUGAAAGCACUUCAGAAUUUAAACCAGGAUACUCCCUGCAUGAUACAUCUGCUGCAGCUAAAAUUCAGGCUACUUCUUAAAGCACUUGAGGUAAACAUAUUAAAAAGAAUGAUAAAAUACAGCCUCUGAAGAACUAAAAAUUAUGAAACAAAGCUCUAGCAUUUAUAAAGCUCAGAUCUUCUUAAAGCUCUUUUCUUAUGUCAUAUUUCUUUUGCUUAACUGUAAAAUAUUUCAAGUGAAAGAAAAGCUUACACUCAUCACUAGAUUUUAAAUCUGUAUUAAAAUCUUUUCAAAAUAUAUUGUUAGGCUAACAAACUUCACAUAGAUUAUAAAGUUAAGUGAAAUUUAUGGCUUUAACAACAGAAUAAUUAAAGAAGAUGUCACAGUUUCUCAAAUCACUAGUUAUUCAAAAUCAAGUUCUUCAAAAUCAAGAAUACUAAUUUAAAGUGUGUUUAAAAGCAAGUUAAAUGAUUCAAGGACAACUUAAAAUGUCAGAAAAUAUAUGUUCAUUGUCAUUUAAAAGCGCCUGUAUGAUUUGCCACUGUAUUCAUUUAUGC